AUGUAGAAGGCUCGAUUACUCUGGUCGUGAUUAAUUCAGCCUGGCUAGCACCCACACAGUAAAACAUUAUUUGUGCAGAUCUUGAGCCGAGUUUCUUACAUUUUUAUUAUAACGAGUAUUAGAAAAUGGCUGAUGAGGAACUGGAAGCGAUUAGACGGCAACGUAUGGCGGAACUGCAGUCAAAUCAUGGGAACUCCUCCAAUAAUCAGCAAGAUCAACAGGAAGCCAAACAAAGAGAAACAGAAAUGAGAAACUCGAUAUUAGCUCAAGUCUUGGAUCAGUCAGCCCGGGCCAGAUUGAGUAAUCUGGCACUGGUAAAACCAGACAAAGCAAAAGCAGUUGAAAAUUACCUGAUACAGAUGGCACGCUUUGGUCAGCUUGGGGGAAAGAUCUCAGAGACGGGUUUGAUAGAGAUCCUUGAAAAAGUCAGUCAGCAAACAGAGAAAAAGACGACUGUCAAGUUUAACAGACGCCGCGUGAUGGAUUCAGAUGAAGAGGAUGAUGAUUGAGGACUGACACUGAUCAGCUUGCUGGCGAGAUAUGGGAGAUCUACUCUGGCUUUAGAAAAGCACCAGAGUCUGUAACCAAAGGUUCUGUCUGAAGAGAGUAUCCCAAGAUAGAGACUCUAGACCUUUGGGGACACAGGAACUUCUCAUCAUUGUUGUUUCUGUUGUAUCACAUUUUUCAUUAUGGUUCACCAGAUUUCUUUCUCUCUUUUUGUUUUUUUUUGUUGGGGGGGGGGGGGGGGGUUAACAAGACUACAAAUUGCAGUAAGAAUAUUGCUGCAAUUACAUUUUUACUAGAGACUGUAGUCAUUCUUAAUUAGCACCAAAAUGGAACAGGCCUCAUUCAUUUUUCAUCCCCAUUCUUCUUCUAAUAUGUAUGUGCAUCUGUUUACAUAAUAAAAAAAGAGCCUUAAACAACUUUUACCUAA